GUGACGUCAGCGCGCCGCCGGGUGACGUAUGAGCGGCGGCGGGGCGGGGGGUGGAGGCCUCGGCGGCGGCGGGGCCGGAAAUGGUCCAGUUGUUGCUGUGCAGCUGGAUGUUGCUGAAUAACAUUUCUAUGAGCUUGCUGUUCAAUCUGCCUGUUGUUCAGAAUGGCGAAGAACCCUAAUUUCCCGGAAGCAGGGAAUCUGCCUACAGGCUACGCGCACUGUAGGUCUUCAGACAGCUUCACUGGCUACCAGUAUCACCAUCCCUCCAAGAUGAGUAACAGCCACCCGCUUCGUCCAUACACAGCUGUGGGGGAGAUAGACCAUGUCCACAUUCUGUCAGAGCACAUUGGUGCCCUAAUGAAUGGGGAGGAAUACAGUGAUGUUACCUUUAUUGUGGAAAAGAAGCGUUUUCCGGCACACAGAGUCAUCCUGGCUGCUAGAUGCCAUUAUUUCAGAGCAUUAUUGUAUGGAGGAAUGAGAGAAUCUCAGCCUGAAGCAGAAAUUCCUCUUCAGGACACCACUGCAGAAGCAUUUACCAUGCUGUUGAAGUACAUUUACACUGGUCGUGCUACGCUGCGAGAUGAGAAAGAAGAGGUUCUUCUUGACUUCUUAAGCCUAGCACAUAAAUACGGAUUCCCAGAACUGGAGGAUUCCACAUCUGAGUAUCUUUGCACAAUACUUAAUAUUCAGAAUGUCUGUAUGACUUUUGAUGUUGCCAGUCUUUAUUCUCUUCCCAAAUUAACUUUUAUGUGCUGUAUGUUCAUGGAUAGAAAUGCCCAAGAGGUGCUCUCCAGUGAAGGCUUCCUGUCACUUUCUAAGGCUGCUCUUCUAAGUAUUGUACUGAGAGACUCGUUUGCAGCUCCUGAAAAGGACAUUUUCCAAGCUUUGAUGAACUGGUGUAAACAUAACCCCAAGGAAAACCAUGCUGAAAUCAUGCAAGCAGUACGUUUGCCACUAAUGAGUCUGACAGAACUACUGAAUGUUGUAAGACCUUCUGGAUUGUUGUCACCUGAUGCCAUCCUAGAUGCCAUUAAGAUUCGUUCUGAGAGUCGGGACAUGGACCUCAACUACAGGGGCAUGUUAAUACCAGGGGAGAAUAUUGCAACAAUGAAGUAUGGAGCACAAGUUGUAAAAGGGGAGCUGAAGUCUGCUCUACUGGAUGGUGACACUCAGAACUAUGACCUGGAUCAUGGAUUCUCUCGACACCCGAUCAGCGACGACUGCCGCUCCGGCAUUGAGAUUAAGCUGGGCCAGCCCUCAAUAAUCAACCACAUACGAAUUCUCCUGUGGGACAGGGACAGUCGGUCUUAUUCCUACUACAUUGAGGUGUCCAUGGAUGAGUUGGACUGGAUUCGGGUUAUCGAUCACUCUAAAUACCUCUGUCGGUCCUGGCAGAACCUGUAUUUUCCUGCCCGUGUCUGCAGGUAUAUUCGAAUUGUUGGAACCCACAACACAGUGAACAAAGUUUUCCAUAUUGUGGCAUUUGAAUGCAUGUUCACAAACAAAUCCUUUACUCUUGAGAAAGGUCUGAUAGUUCCCACUGAAAAUGUUGCAACAAUUGCAGACUGUGCCAGUGUGAUUGAGGGUGUAAGUCGCAGUCGCAAUGCCUUGUUGAAUGGAGACACAAAGAACUAUGAUUGGGAUUCUGGAUACACGUGCCACCAGCUUGGGAGCGGAGCUAUUGUGGUGCAGCUGGCACAGCCCUACAUGAUUGGAUCAAUACGGUUGCUACUUUGGGAUUGUGAUGAUCGGAGCUACAGCUACUACAUUGAGGUUUCAACAAAUCAGCAACAGUGGACCAUGGUGGUGGAUCGCACAAAAAUUUCCUGCAAAUCCUGGCAAACAAUCACUUUUGAUAAACAGCCUGCAUCUUUUAUCAGAAUAGUUGGAACUCGUAACACAGCUAAUGAGGCUCUUCAAGAACAAGUAGAAGUGUUUCAUUGUGUGCAUUUUGAGUGCCCAGCACAAAACAGUACCCACAAGGACGAGAGUAGUAAGGAAGUAGCAACAGCAGAGGUGGGGACUGGUGGACAGUAGUUUGUUUCUUGCCCUGUUGGAGCUACAAGCACCUGCUUCCCUGCAUUCCCCUCCUGGAUCCAGCUCGCAUCCUCAUGUUCACCAACCGUAAAGGAGGUUGAAAGGGAGCUUUUGCAGCCCUACUGACAUUCUAUGAAAUUAUUCAGAACCUUCUUGUGCUGGCACCUUUUCUUUCUUUGUGAAUGAAGGGGACCAUGUCUGAAAGCUGGAAGUAUUGAAAUGGAAAAGGCUUUCUCCCAAGGACAUGAAGAGACUGUUGCACUGUCCUCGAUAUGUUCAAAUCAGGCUGGUCUCCAAGAGGGAAGAAAAUAGGUCUUCAAUCUUCAUCAAGUACCCCAUUAACACCCUACCUCUCUAAUCUAACCAAGGCAAGGAAAACAGAAGGGAAUAAAAGGCAGAGCUACAGUGGAAAUCUAAAAUUACUCAAGCAGAAUGGAAAGCAUAUGAAAUAAGUAUUUGUUCCCUAGAGGCUUUUAUUAGCAAAAAAUGUUUAUGGAACACAUCAGUCCAGAAUAUAUUUUAUUUUUAAAGUGAUUCUUCAUCCAUAUUCCUUUGUAACUAGUAAUCUGUUUUCUAAAUAAUUUUGAUUCU